GAUUGGAUUUUUGGCCAUCUCUCGCAGGAUCGACGCGAGCAAGGCUGCACGCCACCAGACGUUCCAAGCAUAUCUAGGCUACUUAUUGAUAUGCAGAAAACACUAACUGAGGGAUCAUCUGAUGACAAUUUCUCACCAGUAAAGGCUAAAGGUUCCCCAGCAUCUAUUCAGAAAUCUGCAAACUUAACAGGGAGUCACAGAAAAGUGAAAGACACCACAGCUGACCUUCAUAAUCUGUGUCAGAAAUGGUUGAAGUUCAAUAGUGAGGGAACAGACAUCAUCAACAAGAUAGCAAACGUCAAACUAAAGGCUAUAUUUAAAGAAGACUCUAAGAGAAACAAGGAUGAGGUUUUGUUAACAAAAACAGAAAUACCAGAAGAGCUAGAAGACUAUUGUAAGAAAGUGUUUGGGAUUAUUGGAAAUAUGAGAAAACUUGUUGAUAAAAUGGAAGUGAUGUUGGAGGUUUUCAAUGGUGUUGCUGACUUAGAGCGUCACAAGGCUCAGUGUACUUCCACAGAGUGUGGUCCUGUCCUUUUCCAAACGUGGAAAGUCGAGGGAUUUGAGGAAGCCACCAUGGGGAUGCUGGAAUGCUACAGAAAGGAAGUUAAAUUAAAGGAGCUGCUGUCUGAGAAUGUCUGCCAUGUGAAGGAUAGAGACACAAUGAUGUUUUAUACUGCAGCCUGGGUACAUCAGCCCUACAUAGACAGUUCGUGUAUUUUACUACUCGAGAGUAUGUUGACAGAGACUGGACACAGAUAACAUUUCUCAACUUUGUAUUAGUUGUCUCCUUUAUGAAGAGUAUCUCAUCUG